UGAGCGAAGCGGAGCCGCAGCAGCCGGAGAAUCGCCCUCCGCUCCGCUCUCACUUUCUCUCCUACACACACUCACACACUCACACACUCCCAGGCACACACACACACACACACACACACACACACACACGGACGGCCACCCAGCCGAGCCAGAGCUCCGCGCGCUUCCCAGGGAAAGUUGAGCGGCGCUGCGAAGGAGAGAAAGGAAAGCCACUUUUCUUUUCUUUUUUUUCCCUUUCCCUUGCUUUUCUCCUUCCUCCUCCUCAAGCCUCCGGGGACGGGAGAAGGGGGGGGGGUGACACGCCUCUCCUCCUCGCCCCCACCCACUCCGCUUCCCUUUGACACCCGAGGAAGCCGAGAGAGAGAGAGAGAGAGAGAGAGAGAAGGAUGGCGUGAAAAGCAAGAGCGGGAAAGAAAGGCGAGAAGACGAGAGGAGAAAGGGAAGGAAGGUAGGAAGGAGACAAGACAGGAGGAGAAAAGGAAGGAAGGAGACAAUACAGGAGGAGAAAAGGAAGGAAGGAAAGAAGGAAGGAAGGAGGAUAGAGAGAGGGAGGAAAGGAGGAAGGAAGGAAGGAAGGAAGGAGGACAGAGAGAGGAAAGGAGGAAGGAAGGAAGGAAGGAAGGAAGGAAGACAGAGAGAGGGAGGAAAGGAGGAAGGAAGGAAGGAAGGAAGGAAGGAAGGAGGACAGAGAGAGGAAAGAAGGAAGGAAGGAAGGAAGGAAGGAAGGAAAGAAAGAAAGAAAGAAAGAAAAGGACCGGGAGACCCUCCAAAUUCAGCCUUAGAGCAGCUCCGGAGCGCCGGCCAGGAAGAAGUCCCCGAAGAAGAGAAAGCAAAAGCCGCCGGCUGCCUCCUCCUCCUCCUCUUCCUCCUCCUCCUCCUCCUCCUUUCCCCGGCUGGCGCCCGCCUCGCCUCGCCCGCCGGCUCCCUCGGCUCCUCCGCCGCUGCCAUGGCCCAGGAGAACGGCGAGGCGCGCGGCUCGUCCUGGAAGAAGCCCGCCGAGGACAUCGGCCGCAUCUUCGCCUUCAAGGAGACCCUGGGGACUGGUGCAUUUUCCGAAGUCGUCCUGGCUGAAAACAGGAGCAGCGGAAAACUGUUUGCAGUGAAGUGCAUCCCCAAGAAGGCCCUGAAAGGGAAGGAAAGCAGCAUAGAAAACGAAAUCGCCGUUCUCCGAAAGAUCAAGCAUGAAAAUAUUGUGGCCCUGGAAGACAUUUACGAGAGUUCAACUCAUCUGUAUCUGGUUAUGCAAUUAGUAUCUGGAGGUGAGCUAUUUGACCGCAUCGUAGAGAAAGGAUUUUAUACUGAAAAGGACGCCAGCACUCUGAUACGACAAGUCUUGGAUGCUGUCUAUUAUCUUCACCGGAUGGGCAUUGUUCACAGAGAUCUCAAGCCUGAAAAUCUAUUAUACUACAGCCAGGAUGAAGACUCUAAAAUCAUGAUCAGUGAUUUUGGAUUGUCCAAAAUGGAAGGGAAAGGAGAUGUCAUGUCCACGGCCUGUGGUACCCCAGGAUACGUCGCUCCUGAAGUCCUUGCCCAGAAACCCUACAGCAAAGCAGUCGACUGCUGGUCCAUUGGAGUGAUCGCCUAUAUUCUGCUCUGUGGCUACCCUCCGUUCUACGACGAAAAUGACUCCAAGCUCUUUGAGCAAAUUCUGAAAGCAGAAUAUGAAUUUGACUCUCCCUAUUGGGACGAUAUCUCUGAAUCUGCUAAAGAUUUUAUUCGGAACCUGAUGGAGAAAGAUCCCAAUAAAAGAUAUACCUGCGAACAGGCUGCCCGUCACCCAUGGAUCGCUGGUGACACAGCCCUCAACAAAAAUAUCCACGAGUCCGUCAGCGCUCAGAUUCGCAAGAACUUUGCGAAAAGCAAAUGGAGACAAGCUUUUAAUGCCACAGCUGUGGUGAGACACAUGCGGAGGUUACACCUUGGCAGCAGUUUGGAUAGCGGUUCCAACAUUAGUGUAUCAAACAACCUUAGUUUGGCCAACCCGCUCCCGGAUGGAGCCCCCAGGAAAGAGUGUAUUCCCUCAUCUACUCCCUGUAGUUUUGCUUCUUCAGCUUCGCCCGGUAUUUCUGCUGGAGGAGAGAGGAGGCCCAGACAGACCACGAUAACCACAACGACAAUACACACAGGGACCAAGUGAUCCAAAGGUCACCCCCAUGAUCCCACCCACAAGGAAGAUGUCAGAGAUGGGAGAAAAGAACCAUCUCGGUGCCCAAACAGGCAGGGAGGCAAACUUUCUCCCAGGUGAUUUCAUCCUGCAUUGCAAACACAUCGAAGCAUUAGAAGAAUAGAAGGAUUUCAAACACUCACACACAAAUAAAUGGCCAUAUUUUAUACCGCGAUUCUGAAAAGUUGCAUUCGUCGCGAGCGGAAGGGACUUCAGGAAGAUGGAGAUGGGAGCAGCACCUGGUUCUGGUUCCAGGAAUCCAAAAUGUUCUGACUUAGGUUGGACCUGUUGUUAGUUCCUCAAUGAUUUAACUCUGUUCUCAGUGUUAACCAGCUUUUUGUUUAAUCAUUAACGAAAUAGUUCAACUGGAUGAUUUAGAGUAAUUUCAAACAUUAUUAUUAUUAUUUUUCUGUUGUAUUUUUGUAUUUUUAGCUUUGUUGGGGGGUGGUUUUUUUCCUCUUUUUUUUUCCUCUCCAAAAGUAGAGAAUACAAAGAAGUAUUCAUGCAUUAAUCUUUUAAAUCAGGAAGGAUUUCGCGGCGUGUUUUAUAUGUACAUAUAUGUACAUAUUUUUUUCUUAACUCCAUAACUCUGGACUGCAGACUUGUCUGGAUCUCGCAGUGACAUCGAAAACGAACUCUUUUUGCAUCCUAUUUUGUCAAGAAAAUGGGAACAGGCUCCCAUUUCCUUCCAGUCCCACCAACGGAAGGGGAAGGUUUCAUGGGUUGGGUGUAAGAAUAAGAUUCUGUGCUAAUCACAGUUAUAAUGUUUUAUUCUCUGUUUGUAUUCGCAUCAGACUCAUCUUCACGGGCUCCAAAAUGGGGCUUUAAGAAUUUCCCUGUGGUUUUUUCCCCUUUUCAAUUAAACUGAGGAGUUGGGAGAAAAAAAAACACCUUACAAAAACUUUAUUAUGGCCAAAGACCAGCAUAUUCUAUACGGUGUAAAAAGGAUAUGGAAGUAUAAAGUGACAGUAUAAAAAGCAAAGAAUGAAACGGUGUGGGACUGGGGAAAUUCAUAAAUAUAGCAGAAUAGAUACGUCAGGAAAUCAAUGUGCUGUAAAAGGCUUUCUAGUAAAAUAUGGAAUAGUUUGUUUUAAAUCGAGUUUCCUAAGCAAAGGAGCUGGAUAAGCUUUCACCCAGGCAAAAUGUAAUUUUUGUCCCCAUGAAUUACAAUUAGAAAAGGUGUGCAUUUUUUUCCCCAGUACAGUCAUUUGCAGUAAGCUGUGGAGUGAUUGCUGAGUCUGUUUCUUCCAGAAAUGUUGGGCAAUUGUGAUCUUAAAAUCCACCUUGCAUUGAAAUAUGACCUUCCCAGCCAGGCACAAAAAUGCAUCUGAUUUUUUUCCAUUGUGGUUUCCUUAAGACUCAAAUAUACCGCUUUGCAAAUCUGGAAAGAAAUUGCUGGCGUGAGGCACUCGGAAUAAAGGUGGAUUUUGCUAGAAGUCUUUCUGUCAAAGACUAGGUCCGGGAUUUAAAAUGAGAAGGAGGAAAUCCUUUUUAUGUUGUCUUGAUUUAGCUCAAAUGGAUCCACAAUCAAGAAGAAGAAUUUGACGCCCAACCGCCAGUCUGAAUUCUCUCCAGCCAUUCUUGAGCCACGGGAAAAAAAACUAUAAUAAUUUUGACAGAUGUCUAUGGAGAUUCUCCGUCAUCCAGGUCAUGGUUGUCCAAAGGUGCUUUUUCAAGGGGGAACUGAGCUUCCUUGGUUUUUCUUUGAAGACGUUUCACUUCUCCUCCAAGGAGCUUCAGAACUGAAGAGGCUUCUUGGAUGAGAAGCGAAAUGUCUUCAAAGAAAAGAAAACCCAGAAAGUCCAGUUGCCUCUUGAAAAAGCAUCUUUGGGACAAUAAUUUUGACACAAAAUUUAGAUCUUUCCUAUCCCGUUUCUUGGAAUUCUCUUCUUAAACUAUAGGUGUAGGGUCUAACACCUCUCCACAGAUUGACAUAUGCACCGGUUCAAAACGAGGAAGAAAAUACUACUUUAACGGCAGAGACCGUGUUACUGGAGUCCAUAAUACUUCAAAACCGCUGGUUCUGGAUUGAAAGCUCAAACCAAAACAGAUGUAAACAUCUGUUGCUGCGCUGUGAAUUUUAAGCCAUGGGUAAAGGCACCAGCAGAAUCCUGUCUUCUGAAAAUACAGUAUAUGGCUUAGGUUAAUUUCCAGGACGUACAUUUGAAUAUUUAGAUCAGUCUAUGCGGUUUUAAUUCCAGUGCCAUCCCCAUGAAAAAACUUGGAAAAAUGUCCCUUUCUCUUGCAGAUUUUGCCUGUCUGAUUAAAAAAAGACUGGUUAAUAAAAUCAUCUACAUGAUGCAAGAAUAUAAACCAAUAGCACAGGAUAAAGCGACAGUCAGAAAAACACUGUGAGAAAAACUGUGAGAAAAACACUGAUAUGCUUACGUCCUUCCCAUUAAAAUCAAUAGAAAUGCUUAAUUUGGGCUGGACCCCAUGGCUGAUGGCCAGAAUUAACUCCUAACAGUGUUUCUCUCUCCCUUAUUCCUUUCUCUUGUCUCAUUUUUCCCUUUAUUCCGAGGCUUUACAAUAUAAAGCCUGUCCAGACUAGCAGACUUGAUGAUGUUACCUAGUUGGGUCAUGAAAUGUCUGUAGGGAAAUAACCAAGCUUGGAGAGCAACAAGGAUCUCUCAUUUCAACCCUGAGCUACAAUAAUAAUUUGGUAGGACUAGAAAAACCAUGUAACAAAGGAGAAUCACUGUUCUAUUUUAUUUCAAUCUGGGGGGAAAAAAUUCACCGAUGCUCCUAUUUUUCAUAAAUCAAAUAUUUUUUCAAUCAAGGCAAAUGUUUUUUUUAAAACAUCUAUUUUAGUAAUGAGAAGUUUGAAAAGUACCCAUUCUAAAUCUCAGAGUCCCGGCCCCUGAUCUUCAUGCCUGGUUUUGUUUCAUCUUAGAUUGCAGGUAGUUUUAGAAUCAUUAUGUCAUUCAUCAUUUUUUUUAAAAAAAAAAUGCAAAGUUUUGAAAAGGGUCUCUAGGUUACAGAAGAGGGGAAAAUAGAUUCUAUUUUUAUCUUUUAAAAAAUAAUAAUAAUAAACCGAUACAUGCCUACUAAGGGCAGUACAUUUAUCUAUAGAAACAUUUUUAAAAAAAAAGAGAGUUUAUUAUUUUCUUGAUGGGAAAACAAUAUAGUUCUGGUUUUGUGUGAGGUUUUCAAUUUUUUUUUCCCCACCCAAAUUGAGGAAUGGUGGGAAACAGAUCCGGGAAGCCAAGCCUUGGUACAGAAUUGGGAAUUGUUGCUUGGAAGAAUUAACAACUCCGAGAUGUUGAAGGGGAAAAAAAAUGCAUGAAACUGCACUGCAUGUUUUAAUGAUUGAGCUUGCUUUCCCAAUCUUUGCCUUUGUAUGAAAACACCUUCCGAAUCCGAAGGCUUUCUCUCCAUCUCUUAAAUCUGAUUUUUUUUUUUUUUUUGUAAAACGUAUCUCAUUCUAUAUAACUUCUGAGUCAUGGCUUACUCACGAAAGUGGAAAAGCUAACCAAGUAAGGAUUAAGGAAGUUUCAAAUGUUGCUUUGCUAGGAAGAUCAGAAAGCAUGAACAAAAAAACACCUUGAAAUUCCAUCUUUCCUCUUGUGGGACACAGAAUUGGAAAUUGUCUAAGUUCUCGUCAUGUUAUACAGGAGAGGAUUGUAUUCCAAUAGCAAAAAUGAUGGAGGAGAACUUCUUUUAUCUACCUAUGCAUUGCAUCCAUUUAUGCUUUUGGGAAGAAAGAAAAAGGAAAGUUCCAUUAAAUAUUACAUAAUCCUCUGCAACAGGAUGUUUCCACAGGAAUUUCUUGGCAGAGGUCAGUGAGAAGUUUGAAAGCUAGAGUUUGAAAGCUGGGAGGUAUAGAUAGAAGCCUAUUUCUAAUUUUUCCCAUGGCUGCAGUGAGUUGGCGGAGGCACAUUGUCCCAUUCCGUGAAUUGUAGAAGUGCACCCUAGGCAAAGUAAAAAAAAUACUUGCAAACGAAGAUGUUUAAGUCACACUGAAAUUAAUUAUUUUUCUGACAAAACCUUACGGGUACAUAAUUGGGGAAAAAAAAGCCCAUUCGGAUUCCAUGAGACUUGCUCCUCUGUAAGUAAGUUUAGUUUUGUAGCCUUAAGCUUUCUGGAUGCUUUGGGCUGUGAGAUCCGGCGGCAACCAAAUAGGAAUGACAUAUAUUGUUGAUUAUUUUGUGUGUUCUCUAUUCCCUAUUGCAAUGUACUUUCAAGACUCAUUCAAUGGCCUGGGUAAGACUUUGGAUGUAUAUUUUCAAGCCGAGCUACUAUUGUUACAUGUGACCGAUUGCUUGUGACUGAAGCGGACUGAAGACUUUUGUUCCUUAAUGAAAUCCAGCCUUUUAUGUACAUUUUAUUCAUUUGGGUUGUUUUAUUUGUUUAUUUGUUUUUUUAAAAAAAGCUUGGUUUUACUCGGAUCCAAAUCUGGAACGGUUCUUAAACAUGGCAUUUAAUGGCAAAACAUCUCAUUCUUACUUUUAUUUUUACAACAAACAACAAAAAAAAAGUGAGCAUGUUUUUUUUUAAAAAAAAUGUUUUUAAAAAGUCCAUUAAAAAAGGGGAAAAAAUUUUUCCUUGCAAACUUGCAAAUUUAAUCCAGGAAUGUUCGAUGUGCCUGUUAUUAUAAGUCUUGUAAUCAAUUCAGUUCCAUAAAAACCAUCUUUGAGAAGGGCAACGUGUAUUUACUCAGUGCAUGUAAACAAGGCAUAGCAAAAUGUUUAACCCGCCUAAGGAGUUUGCGAUGUUACAAAUCGUUCAUGGGGCUGUGUUGCAAAUUAUUCUCUGCCUUGACAAUCAUGUAUACAGUACUUAGCGAGAUUUCUAUCAUAAAGAUUAUUUAAGGGAUAUAGAGAAUAAUUUUCCUCCAAUAAAUGAAAUGAAACUGGAA